GCGCACGGCGAGGCCGCCGCGUGUCGUCCCGUGGCCGACGGGACGACCAACUCGGCCGCCCAUGUCGCACGUCUGGCCCACGGAGUCCCGGAAGUCUAAGGCGCCCACGCCCGCGCCAGCGGUGUGGCCAACGGGCGCUACGACGGCCCCCCCGCCCACGCCGCGAUGGCCCACAAACGCCCCUGGGGUCACGGGCGGCAGUGGCAACAAGAGCGUGUGGCCGACGAGCCAACCGGCCACCGAGCCUCCGGCGCCCGUCAGCUGGCCCACCAGCCUGCCCAAGCCAACGCCCCAGGCCAUCAGCUGGCCUACGCCCGCGGCAAUCCAGUGGCCCACAGGCGCCCCCAGCACCGCCCAGGUCUCCACCAUCAGGUGGCCCACGCAGAGGUCGCGGACGGCGAGAACGUCUACGCCAGCGAUGCCAUCGACGACCACGACAAGGAUGCCCUGGUGGAUGUCGUAUGAGGCGACGGAUACCAGGACGACUGCGGCCACCGCAGCGACAUCGCCGACCACUAUAACCACACCAACUACAACUUCCACAGCACCUACUACAACUAUAACCACACCUACUACAACUACCACAACUACAACCACACCUACUACAACUACAACCACACGUACUACAACUACCACAACACCUACUACAGCAACGUCUACAACCACACCCACAACAACCACAACUAAAUCAACUUUCACUCUAAAGCCAAAGAAAAAAACUGUCAAGUGCCGAAAAUUAUGUUUCAGCGAGACGGGAGAAAGAUUUUGUUGUGAUACAGCUGUUGGAGUUUGUCCCUUGAAGCCAUCUGUCUGCUCAGAAAUCAACACACUGCAUCGCAUGAGAACAUGCGUGCUUGAUGCCCAGUGUGCGGAUGAGUUCAAAUGCUGCUACGACAACUGUAUCGACGACUACGUAUGCAAGAGGACUGUAUUAACGCCGCUGUCGGAAUUGCGUAAGUCGAGGCAGGUGCAAGGAUCGACAGGCGAUCAGUCCUAACUCCCGAUGCUGGCCAUGAGUUGGGGGGAAUUCUUGAUAAAGAGCGCGCUGACGAGGGAGGUGAACUGCUGCAGGGAAGAGCCACACCACCUUCACGAGAAAUCAGCUUACCUCCCCUACCCCCCAGCCAGAUACUCGUCUUUUCAUCCUUUGUAACUUCACUGUAACAGAGUAGAAUGAAAAUUACACAUGAGAAUAACCCCACAAUGUGUCUACUUUUAAUAUAUAGUAAUAAGACAAUUAACCCUUAAAAUAAUAUGAUACAUUACCAAAGUACUUUCUUUUUAGUUUUUUGUUAAUGAAGGAGAAAAUACACGAGGUAGAGAUUCCUAGAUUUUAAGGAGUUCAACCACGAAAAUUAUUACGUUACAAACCAAGUCCUAAUUCUAAGAAAAAAAAAAAAACAAAAAAAAAAACAUGGAGAGAGGAGAAGGCAAAAGGGAGAGAAAAUAAUGGAGAUAGAGAGAAAAAGAUAAGGACACGAAAGGCUGAAAUACGUUAGACAAAAACGAUGCUUUUAGUAGUUACAUUUAUGGCACCAGUGGUUUUAUCAAAUAAGGUAGGCUUAAGAUCUGUAUAUUUAAUCCCUUAUAUGUGUUCUUGUGUAUGCAUGUGUGUGUGUGUGUGUGUGUGUGUGUGUGUGUGUGUGUGUGUGUGUGUAUGUGUGAGUGUGUGUGUGUGUGUGUGUGUGUGUGUGUGUGUG